CAAUAUCUUUACCAGCCCGCAGAGAAAAACACGGAGAAGAAGAACGUGCAACAUUAGUUGGCAUAAACCAAACAGCUAGCUAGCGUUUUCUUGUAUAGAUUUAGCAACCCACCAAGACUAAUUCAUCAAAGAACAUUUCAUACCUGCGAACACACCAAACCCCACUUUAGGUUUCAUAUUCUGAAAGUCACAUUACAUCUGGUACAGUAACACUGUAACACUACUGGCAGGCCUGUGACCCAAGAAAAUAAUGUGCUGCAGCUGAAGAUGGGUGGUAGCGGCUCCAAAUCCAAAGGAUUUUGGCCUUUUUCUGGCUCAGGUAGUACGGACGAUCCAACCAAAGAUGGAAACGAGCAGUCAAUGGCGAGAGUUCGAAGUUUCCCAAGUGCAACACCUUUUGUGUUAACUAGACGAAGCUCUAUGUACUUUGAUGAAGAUGGCGACCUGGCCCAUGAGUUCUAUGAAGAGGCAAUUGUGACAAAAAAUGGACGUAAAAAAGCCAAGCUGAAGAGGAUUCAAAAACACCUAACACCUCAGGGAAUUAUAAAGCUGGACAUCCCUUGCAUCCAUGUAGAUUUCCCAGUUGUCCUCUGUGAAGCCUGAUGAUGUCUGAGCAGUGUCUCAGACUAGCCACUGUGUCAACUCCGUCCUGUGGUUUCCCCUACAGCUGGAAGCCUGAACCACCUUUUAAAAUAACAUGAUCUCUUGAUAUAUGUGAUGCCCUUAUGUGGACAGGCUGAUGCAAUGUGUGCUGAGCCUCUGCAUGUGAUCUGUUUUGGCUUGUGUGCGAUUAGACACAGAAUAGGUCACCAAUGGAGAUCUAGAAGGGUGCCUAUUUGGCAAAACCUGCUCAGUUUACAGAUCAUGGUUUGUGUGCAUGUAAGUGUGAAUGUGUGUGCAGACAGAGUCCUGACUUUAUUGCUGCAGAUUGUUUUCUGGUAUGAUUCAUAGAACUUUAGGAGUUAGAGGAGAAUGUAACCAGUUCUUCCCUCUGUCACGAUCAUAUGAGUGGGAACGUUUUGAGUGCACACUUGUUUUUUGACACCAACAUGACUUGCUUUAUUAUGCAAAGAACAGGAUUUGCUUAUCGAUAAUAGCCUAGGGAGUUGACAAUCAGUGGCCCACAAAAUCUGAAGUGGAUUAAUGUCAUAUUAUAAUGUUGGAUUGACUGGCUUCAAUGACCUCAGAGCCACACCUGUACACAGCAGCAGUGAGUCUAGUAAGAGAUCCUGUUGUUUCAUUUGCUGCUUUGGCAUACUAUGUUUCACUUUUAAUUUAUUAUAACUGUUUUUUUAAUUACAAUAUCAAAUACUCAACUGUGUCAUGGUCUGGUUUUUUAUAUUAAUGCAUUAUAGCUGAACAUCUUAUUAAAGAGCCUUUACUUUCUCACAAGCUGUCAAGACAAAAGGGGAACGACACAUUUUAUAAUCAUGGCCUUAAUAACUCCUGCAGGCUUACAUUCUACAACUGAAAAGUUACAUGGUGGGUGUUUAAUUGGCUGAUUCUAGUUUAAAAAAUAAUCUGAAAAUAUUUUUAACUCAAGAUGCAUUUACUACAUAGGAGUUUUUUCAAUGGUUACAUUCUCCCCCACCAUGUACUGUAGGACUGCCUGUAAUGACAUGACCUAAGAACUAAACUUCGGUCUGGGAAGUUAGACCUGCAUGGUGGGAAAUAUUUACAGCUUUAAGACUCUUGUUCUGCUGAGUAACACUGAAAUGUUGAAAAAGAUGAAGGAAGUUACUGGAGAAAAUCUCUUUUAAUUGUCAAAUAUGUCUUGCUACGCCAAGUCUUUAUUAUUUGGCAAGCUUAUAAGAGCUAGUAAUCAAAUAACUUACAGACAGAGAAUUCAGCUUUUUGGCAAAGGUAAAUACUAAAAUGAACUGACAGGAUCUGUUCACCCAUGUAGUGGAAUUAAUGCUCCUGACCUCCACCUGUGAUGAAAUUAGAUAGGAAAUUGCAAACUGUUGGGAGGUGAAGUGUGUGCGUGUGUGUCUGCUAAUGAAGCCUGGGUGAAGGUAAGCGAGGAGUCAAGUGAACCAAUGCAAUCUCCAUGGGAAAGGGGUUUCUACAAAGCUGUCUGUGAUGUUCUAUUCAGAGGAUAAAGAGGGCUGUGCCAAAACCCACUCCACUUUAUUGCUUCCAUGAAAUGAUUUUACUCUACACAAGUCUUUUUGUAUUUUAUUAACCUCUGGAUAAGUAUCUUUUCCAGCAGAGUCUAGGGGAGACAUGGCUGCACAAUUAUUUUUUGUUGUUUACUUAAUAAAGCUGUAAUAACAUG